UGAAUGGGCAACACGAAAGAUUGAGUGCCUUUGAAUGGGGUGUGGUUGUAGGUGCUAGGCGCACCGGUUCUUAAUGUUUUGUGCACUCAGUGAAUAUUUUUCACACUGAUGCAGCUUAUUUUUGUCAUGGCCAUGGUUAUUGUAGGGUAAAGUGGUGACUUUAAAUGAAAACAACAAGGGUUAAUAGGCUACGGGAUGUUCCCUAAUGGAAAUGAUAACAUUAUGAAACCAGCCAUGAUGAAUGGCUACACAUGUUGCGGUCAUGUGACGAAGCAUAAACCGGUUAGGUCAAAUGGAGAGUGAGCGCGCCCUGCGUUCUAUGUGUUGUUCGGCUACUGUACAACGACUUCAGUGUUGGAUCCGUGCGUGUCUAGGUUACUCAGCCUAAAUCACAACUAGUCUCUGUUGUUUUAAACUGGCUGAAUGUUUUGGGAACGACAUAUAUAUAUAUUCUGCACUUGAGUUAAGUAUUAGAAUUGAAAAAACAUGUUAAAUUUCGUCUUGCAUGAUGUCUCAAACAACACGGAGCAAAACACAACAACGCCUGAGGACUGGACUGUUGUGUACUUUGCAGUCAGAUGGAUCCAGUUGAUUAUGGCAGUGCUAAGCAUUGUCGGUUCAGGUUCCAUAAUUGUUUAUGCAACUUUCCAACACCUCAUAAGGACACCUGAGAUGCAGCCAUUGUUCUUACUGAGUGUGACAGACUUGCUGCUGGCAGUCAGCUGGCUGAUAGGAGCAGUACUGUUCACCCAGGACUGUGGUAGCCAUGCCACCUGCUACAACCUACACAUCGUUGAACAGAUGCUGUAUAUGACCUCGUUCUUCUACACAUUGAACUACGUAUGGACCCUCUACUCUGGGCUAAAUAACAAAUUCUACAGGAGCCUUAAUGGAUACCCAGCCCAAUGCGUCACCAAACUGAGCACUUUCAGCAAGAUUGCUGCAGUCCUGUCAUGUGUCCUCCCCGUGCUGCUGAUGCUACCAGUGUUUGUAACAGGAAACAUGGACCACUGUUACACAAACUUCAGCCAGCCUUACAAGUGCCUUCUAAUGCACACGGAGGCACUCUUCAUGUCUACUGACUUCAACCAGAUGGAGGUGGACUCAGCUUGCCACCUGCUACACAUGUACAGUAUUGCUGUCUUCCUGGCAGCCUUCCUCCUCACCUUUGUUGGCAUUGUGGUGCUCAUGGGAAAAGCCCGCACUGUUUACAGACGUUGUGUGACCUCUAGUGGUUUCCUAGGCGACAGGCAGUGGGCGUCGCUUCGUGUUCUGGACCGACACAUGCUCCUCUACCCCUCUGUCUUCCUCUUCUGUUGGGGCCCAGCCGUCUUCCUGGCAGCCAUGAUUCUGUACAACCUGAAAUCAGUGGAGGGAGUUGUGGGCGUCGUUCUGUACAUCUUACAGGCCUUCACCUCAUCCUCUCAAGGCCUUCUGAACUGUGUGGUGUACGGCUGGACACAGAGACACUUCCGCUCAGCUAGCAAAGAUGCUCUAAGGGACAUGGACACCCAGACGCCACUUCUGAGAUCUCAGAAGAAAGGCUAUAAAACUCUAUGGUCAACACCAUCCCCCGAAGCAGAUGAUAUAGGAGAACCUGGUAUUCUACCGACCCCACAUUAACUUAUUAAGGCAGUUGUGAAACUGGCAAAAUAAACUAAACAAAACCUUUUGUGCCAGACUGGGAGUGUGACAGUUUGGUUUAGAAUCUUGGGGACAGUACCUUGGGAAGCACCUGGUAUACCAAUGAAGCAAGAAUACCCAAGGCUGUACACAAGGGACAGCAGGGUCGAACCAGACAGAGGCUGAACCGCUGAGGCGUGAAAAAAGGAAGAACCAGGGAAUUUACAAUGAGAGGAAGAGCAGCUCUGAAACAGGAUCUGAGAGCUCUGCUUUAUAAUAUAAUAAUAAUAAUAAUGCCAUUUAGCAGACGCUUUUAUCCAUAGCGACUUACAGUCAUGCGUGCAUAC